AAGGACUUAAUAGUAGUCAUUCACCUCGGAAAGAAACCCCUCCCCACCAAAUUCAUUCAUUCAUCGGUCAAAACAAUUCGACAAUCUAACUGGCCAACCCAAAGAUGGCGCAAGAUAUCACGAAAACAUGGCCGGUCCACGAGAUCAUCUACACCGCCAUCGUAGGCGUCGUGAUGCUAGCAGCCCUUCUUGAAUGGUUUCUAUGGCUAGCCGCAUUCCUAUACUGCCUAGUCAAGGUCUUCCAGAAAGCAGAGCACUGGACAAUAAGAGUAUUAGCAAUCAUCAUUGCUAUUCUCUUCACUGGGUUCCGAUUUAUCUUCUUACCUAUUAUGGUCGUAACCCUACCUCUGCCAGGCGAAAUCACGCAAUAUUGGCCAGCUAAUAUGGUCGAUAUUCUUCAAUGGUUCGCCUUCUGGAGUUUUGCGGGACUCUUAACUAUCCCGUGGCUUUUUUGCGUUUAUCAACUUGUCACCCAUCAGCUUGGCAGAACAAAACGUGUUAAGGAGGUCCUGGAUGAGGUUUCUGCACCGAAAGUUGUUAUCGUGAUGCCCUGCUACAAGGAGGAACCAGAGGUCCUCGUCACUGCUAUUAACUCAGUCGUGGAUUGUGAUUACCCCCCUUCAUGCAUUCACGUAUUUCUCUCAUUCGAUGGAGACCAAGAGGAUGAACUUUAUCUAAACACGAUUGAGAAGCUCGGCGUCCCUCUGACUCUGGAAUCGUAUCCUAAGAGUAUCGAUGUCACAUACCGAUCAGCUCGCAUUACGGUCUCUCGGUUUCCCCACGGAGGAAAACGCCACUGCCAAAAGGCCACCUUCAAACUCAUCGACAAAGUUUACAAAGAGUAUCUUAAGCGGAACGACAACCUCUUUAUCCUCUUCAUCGACUCGGAUUGCAUUCUAGAUAGAGUCUGUUUGCAGAAUUUCGUCUAUGAUAUGGAGUUGAGCCCCGGGAACAGCAGAGACAUGUUAGCCAUGACGGGCGUCAUCACCUCGACGACCAGGAAGCACAGCAUUAUUACCCUACUCCAAGAUAUGGAGUAUAUUCAUGGUCAAUUAUUCGAGAGGACCGUGGAAUCUGGAUGUGGUGCCGUCACUUGUUUGCCGGGAGCUCUGACUAUGCUUCGGUUCUCCGCAUUCCGAAGGAUGGCCAAAUAUUACUUUGCCGAUAAGGCUGAGCAGUGCGAAGAUCUAUUUGAUUUCGCCAAGAGCCAUUUAGGCGAAGAUCGAUGGCUAACGCAUCUUUUCAUGAUUGGUGCGAAGAAACGGUACCAGAUUCAGAUGUGCACUUCGGCAUUUUGCAAGACAGAAGCGGUGCAGACUGUCCAGUCGCUGAUUAAGCAACGGCGAAGAUGGUUUCUUGGGUUUAUCACAAACGAAGUCUGCAUGUUAACAGACUGGCGCCUUUGGAAACGAUACCCUAUCUUACUCGUGGUGCGGUUUAUGCAAAACACGAUACGAACGACAGCUUUGCUUUUCUUCAUCAUGAUGCUCUCGAUAAUGACGACGACCAUGAGGGUCGACCAGCUACCCGUCGGAUUCAUCGCCAUCUCUCUUGGCCUAAAUUGGCUAAUGAUGAUAUACUUCGGCCUUAAACUGAAGCGGUUUAAGGUCUGGCUCUACCCGAUGAUGUUCAUACUGAAUCCCUUCUUCAAUUGGUACUACAUGGUAUACGGAAUCUUCACUGCUGGCCAGCGAACUUGGGGUGGACCGCGUGCCGAUGCUGCUACCGCGGAUGCGCAUACGACGCCCCAGCAGGCAGUCGAGAAAGCUGAGAAGGCGGGAGAUGAUCUCAACGUUGUCCCGGAAACGUUCAUCCCAGCCGCCGAAGUACUGAGACAGAAGGGUAAAGGAAAGGAGACGAACGGAGUCCAGAGGUCGAAGAGCAAGGUCUUACCUCCAGAAAAGAUCGAAGGGAAAUUUGCCGCCCCAGAGAAGAAGGCAAACGGAUUCUAUGCCUAUCCAGGAGAAUCAACGUACAGUUUUUAUACACCAGAUGCCGAUUCUUCGCUCUUCGGUGGUCCUACUCCACACCAUGCUCUCCACAGCCGCGAUUCGGUGGAGAGUUUCUUGACCACCGGAAAUAAUUCUGUGUAUUUCCCCCGACGGGUAGAAAGCAUCAUGGGAGACGAAGAUCGGAAGAAAUACGAGAUGGCACAAGCCAACCAGUAUAACCAAUUCGUUGAAAAUUCUAAGAAGUACGCAAUUCCUCCACGAGGUCAAGUGUACGAAUUUACCGACCUGGAACUCGCGAAAGGGGGUUGGGAAGGGGGUGAAGGCCGAACCGAACGUACUUACAGAGACGACACUAACGAGAGCGGUCCGGAUUCGCUAUCUUCCCGUGCGCCCUCUCCUGGGCCUAGGUCGUCUCUACUAGCCCACCAGGACACUUCGCAGGCUCAAAGGCAGAGCCUCAGUGUACCGAGGGGACACCAUCAUCAACGGAAUAGAACAGGGAGGAGUCCACUUGGCCGUAACAGCCCGAUCCACGCGCCAGCCCCAGACAUUGACGAAGCGGAGAUAGACAGGUCAAACUCGGGUCGAAAGAGGUCACGUAGACCGAAUACCCCAAAAUGAAAAGGGUGGAUGGGAUGACGAAUAAUUACAUUUAGAAAGCCUACCUCUGUUGGCGUAUUGCAUAAUAGGUACCUAGUAACUUCGGGAGUUGCAUUAUAGAAGGCGUUUGUUGGGUAAAGGAAAGUAAUGCAUUUAUGACGCUGUACAGGACAGCAGGUUACAUACACGUUGGGUUUUGGUGACAUCCCUUAAUUACAUACCACACAGUUUAACGUUUAUGAAACGUUGCUGUAUCAUCAUCAUCUCCUCUUGCAAGACAUGAUUAUACCCACAGAAGAAUAUAAGUUAUUUUCAAAGU